CUCUCAGAAUCUCUCCACCAAUUUCUCAGAAUCUCUCCACCAAUUUCAUUCGAUUUCCUCUCAAUUUGAUUUAGGGUUUCAUUCUGAUUCUUCUAUGGACAUCCAUCUAGUUAUUACUGUAUUCUACUAGCACUACUGAUCAGUAAGGAUUAGUUCUACUUCCAACUUGUCAAUCUCGGAAUUCCGACUCCUCAGACUGAGUAAGUGAAAUGACGACGAAAACGACUACGAAUAAGAAGAAGAGAUUAUGGGAGUUAAUAUUCGCAUGUCUCUAUGCAAUUGCUUUCUACAUCUUCCUCAUUCAUCGUUCUCUGCAACUCUCACGCAAUCACUCUGAUAAAAUUUACAAUUUGCGUCACGGUUGGAUCUCCAAUCGACUCAAUGAUGUAUCUGAUGCACAAUGGAGAAACUUCCGUGGGAAUUUACCAAUUCUUACUCUUGUGUUCGGUCUUUUUGUACUUUUGGCAAACAUCUCGAGGGCAUUGUUUGGCUUGAAAGGAAAAGGGAUGUCUGUUGUUUGGACAUUCAGUUCCUUCAUUUACUUAUCAUAUUUACACGGCGCUUGUGUUAUAUUCAUUGUUUCAAUUGCUUCACUUAACUAUCUUCUAGUAAAGAUGCUUGCAAAGUGGAGGUAUUUCCCGUGGGUACUUUGGAUGUUUAACGUGUUUUUUCUUCUGUGCAACCGUGUUUACGAAGGAUAUUUGUUUGUGACUAUCGGGCAACAUUGGGCUUUUCUUGAUAACUACCGUGGAAACUUUAGAUGGCACAUUUGCUUCAACUUUGUUGUUCUGCGCAUGAUAAGCUUUGGAUAUGAUUACUACUGGGCUCUUCAAGAUUCUGGUUUUGAUCUAAAGAAGCACAUUAAACGCUGUGAGAGCUGUUCCUUAGGGAAACCAUGUUACAAAUAUUUGCAGGAGAGAAGCGUUCCAAUUGACAAAUACUCAUACAUAACAUACAUUUGCUAUCUGAUAUAUGCACCCCUCUACCUUGCCGGACCAGUUAUAAGCUUCAACGCAUUCGCUUCACAGUUAGAUGCACCACAGAAAAAUCAUUCUGUCGGAUCGGUGGCUUUAUAUGGGUUAAGAUGGGUUCUUUGUUUAUUUCUCAUGGAACUAAUGACACAUUUUUUUUACUAUAACGCCUUUGCAACCAGUGCCUCAUGGAAACAUUUAUCUCCUUUGGAGGUUUUCAUCGUUGGAUAUGGGGUCCUGAACUUCAUGUGGCUGAAGUUCUUACUGAUCUGGCGCUACUUCCGGUUUUGGUCACUGGUUGGAGGCAUUGAAGCCCCAGAGAACAUGCCUAGAUGUAUGAAUAAUUGCUAUGACUUGGAAGGGUUUUGGAAAAGUUGGCAUGCUUCCUUCAACAAAUGGCUUGUCAGGUACAUGUACAUUCCUCUUGGUGGUUCUCAGAGAAAGCUACUCAAUGUGUGGGUUGUAUUUACAUUUGUGGCAGUCUGGCACGAUUUGGAGUGGAAGCUUCUUUCGUGGGCGUGGUUAACAUGUUUGUUCUUUAUCCCAGAAAUGGUAGUGAAAUCAGUGAUUACAUCAUUUAAGGCUAAAACUUCAUUUGAGGAGUUUGUCCUUCGUGAGUUCCGUGCAGUUGCUGGUGCUAUUACCAUUACAUGCCUCAUGGUUGCGAACCUCGUUGGUUAUGUCAUUGGUCCGUCAGGCAUUAAUUGGUUAAUUUCUAGAUUCCUCCAUAAAGAUGGACUACCUGUUCUGGGAGGCAUGCUUAUAACAUUUUAUAUUGGGACAAAGUUAAUGUUCCAUGUUCGUGAAGCAAAGGAAACAGUGCAAUAGGAGUUUUAGAUAAUCCAGAAUUGAUCCUUGUAACAUGAGGUUACAUCAGCAUUUUGAUCUGAUCUACGAAAGAAAAUACAAAGGCAUGCGCAAUUGAGGUAGGGAUUGUCCGAAGCAAUUUUGUUAGAUGCGCUUUCAGCAGAAAAAACAUAGAUAGCAUGGGUUGCAGAAAGGGAGUAUUUUGUCUGCCUUUGGCCACUGCAGAUUUCAAAUGACUCCAUGAUCCAAAAUGUGUGUAGACAAUGUAGUUUAUUUCAACAUCACUUUAGCUUAUGCUUUGCACGACCAUGUACGGAUGUGGCGAUAAAUUUCUUGUGUGUAUGUCCUGUAAGAAUCGAAUAUCAAUUAAUUCUAUUGGCCUGAAAUUGCUCAGUUUGCUACAAA